AUGGAAAGGUUUCUGCGCUCCUGGAGGCAGGACGCGCUGAACCGGGGCCAGCAUGAUUCCGCAAUCUACAUUGGGGAUAAAGUCCUGGCGCUCACCAAUAGUGACUCUGAUGCAUUUUGGCUGGCCCAAGUACAUUUCUCGAAUAACAAUUUCACUCGCGCCCUGGCCCUUCUCUCCCGCAAGGAUCUCGUUUCUCGAAGCACUGCCUGUCGUUACCUGGCUGCACACUGCUACAUAAAACAGAACCAAUUUGAACAAGCUCUCUCCAUUCUCGGUGAACACAAUCCCACAGACCUGAUUCGAAAUAACCACACCCGACGCAAGAUCCAACAUCAGAGCCAUGUUACACUUCGCAAUGGGAAGAGCGCGACACCGCGGAAUGAUCGUGCCGAGGAGCGGGAACGUGAGGAUGCAAACAACGUACGGUUUGAGGCUGCCAUGUGUUAUUUACGGGGACUUUGCUUCGCCAAGCAGAAUGCGUUUGAUCGUGCCCGGGACUGUUACAAGGAUGCCGUGCGCAUUGACGUGCAGUGUUUUGAGGCGUUUGACCAGCUGAUGAAGAAUUCUCUAAUGUCUCCCACAGAGGAAUUGGAAUUUCUUGAAUCACUAGACUUUGAUUCUGUCUCCUCCCCCGAUCCUAUGAUGGCACAAGAAGCCGCCCAUUUUACAAAAAUGCUUUAUACGACUCGUUUAUCAAAAUACUCCUCUCCUACCAUCCUCUCCGAUGCCACCGAGACCCUAUCCACACAUUACAAUCUUGCAGAGAACCCGGAUAUCCUUUUAUCCCGCGCCGAAGCUCUGUAUACACAAUGUCGGUUUGCAGAAGCUCUGGAAUUAACCUCCUCCAUCCUCUCCACAUCUCAAUCAACCGACCUGGCCUCCACAAAUCCUAGCAUUCCGGCCCAGAACAACCUUGGCCAUGCUCCAGCUAUUUAUCCACUCCACUUUGCUUGUCUUUACGAAACUGGUGCCACGAAUGCUCUAUUCUUACUCUCUCACAUGCUCGCGGACCACUCCCCGGAGGAGCCUUACACAUAUUUGGCAAUCGGAGUCUACUAUCUUUCGGUAUCAAAGGUGGCGGAGGCACGGCGCUUCUUCUCGAAGGCCUCAUUGUUGGAUCCCCAUUCAGCACCGGCUUGGAUUGGAUUUGCGCACACUUUUGCCGCCGAGGGUGAACAUGACCAAGCUAUCGCAGCGUACAGCACUGCUGCUCGGCUUUUCCAGGGCAGCCAUCUUCCACAACUCUUCCUAGGAAUGCAAUAUCUCGCCCUCAAUAACAUGUCUCUGGCGCAUGAGUAUCUAUGUGCUGCUCAUGCUAUGUCGACUGGAGCUGCCCCGGGAUCUGUGCCUUCUCUCACACCUAAUCCCUCAGGGAUCGUCUCAGCUGUGGGCGGGGACCCACUCGUUCUUAACGAGCUUGGCGUGGUCUUUUACCAUCAAAAUCAUCUUGGCGGGGCCGUCGAGUUGUUUGGGCAAGCACUGGCGCUCGCUUCCACUCUCCAUUGCGAACCCAGUGCCUGGGUGGCUACACAUGCGAACCUAGGCCAUGCCUUCCGUCGCAUGGGCCGUCUGUCUGAGUCCCUCCGUGAAUUUGAUGAAUGUCUCCGCGUGGGCGCAGGAGGCAGCAGCAUGGGCUACUCACCGUUUUUGGGUGGGGGUACGGGCGGCUCGGCGGCGAUCGCAACCGCAUCUGGGGUUGGGGGCUACGAAGAUCGGGGCCUGACUGGUUCUCUUCAUACAUCUCGUGGCCUUGUGUUACUGGAGCUAGGUAGAACUACCGACGCGGUGACUGCCUUGCAUGAGGCUGUACGUGUACUUGGAGCGAGUGGCGGCGGCGAUGCAGCCGGGGGUGCAGGUGUAGCUGGUACAUUACUUUCACGUGCACUGGAGUUGUGGGCCAUGGAGGGGCGACAAAAGGAUCGUGCGGCUUUUGAGGAGAGCAUGCGGGAAUCUAGUGCAGCGUCCACUAAGCGUCGAGGAUCUAAUCGAUCUCGUGAACAUAAGGGUAAAGAGCGGGUCGCCGCAGACGAGAUGUCUCGACGACGUGGACGUCAGGAGCCCUUUGUGGAAGAAUGGACGGAUGAGGUGCCACAUGUCGCCACACCUCAGGCCGAAGAUGAGAAGGUUGAAAUGGAUCUUGACGAGGAAGCUGACGGUCUUUUACGCCGAGCUCUCGGCCGUGUACGACACAGUCGACAACGUCGACCAGCAGUACCUGCUACCCCGAACAUGGAUACAACUGAGACACCUGCUCCACCCAAUGGCCGCAGUCGGGGGGUAAGACACGGCCGGAGUCACUCUGGACAAUGA